AUGAUACCUAAGCUCUUUAGGGCGGGCUGAAAUAGGAUAUUUGGAGGUCAUUCAAAAACAUAUUAGGUACGAGGGAUGUAUUUAAGUUUUGCAAAUGGAAAUUAAACAACGCGGUAGAUAGUUUUAAAUGACUUUAUUGUUUUUCGAAGUAUUCUCCACGAAGAUUAAUACACAUCUGCAUGCGCUCGAACCAAUUUUCGAAGCACUUAUUCGACUCGUUUGCUGGCAGAUCCAAAACGGCAUUUUUGGAUGACUCAACUGCUUCUUCUGGUGACUAGAACCUUUGACCACGCAGUCUGUUUUUAAUUUUCGGGAAAGUAAAGAAAUUGUUAGGACUUAGAUCGGGACUAUAUGGAAGAUAGUCCAAUAAUUCCACGUUUUCUUCCCUUAAAUACUGCCUUGUUUUUUGAGCUGUGUGCGAGCUUGCAUUGUCUUGGUGGA